UUGUGCCAGUGAGGGGAGACGUGGAGGGUCCCGCGGCCCUUCAGGUGUGGUCGUGAUCGGUGCGUGUCUCUUGGGGACAGAGUCUGUGGUCCGGGAGAAGCAGGCGGUGGUGGUGGUGGCUGCGGCGGCGACCGGUUCUCUCUAGCUGGGCUCUUCCUGAGGUGUCGCUGCCCGGGAUUCCUGGACCCAUCUCAUGCCGUGGAACCCCGGGGAGAGUCUAGCUUCCCACGGGAGCCUGGCAGAGGAGCUGUGGUGACAGAUGGCCAGUGUCCUAAAGCCUUAAGUGCUUGCUUCCCAGAGCCCGGCCUUGUUUCAAAGAGAAGAGAACAAUGACCAAGUCACAGGAGGCAGUGACGUUCAGGGAUGUGGCUGUGGUCUUCACUGAGGAGGAGCUGGGGCUGCUGAACACUGCUCAGAGGAAGCUGUACCAUGAUGUGAUGCUGGAGAACUUCAGGAACCUCCUGGCAGUGGGAGGCCAAAUUCCGAACAAGAUAGAGAACCUUCAUACAACAGGAGUAAGGUGCCUUUCACUGGGGCAGCUUCCAUGUUGGCACAUGACAAGCCAUGAUGCCAACAAACUGGCCAGAGCUCCAGAAGGUGUAAUCAACACUCAAGGAACAGUAUCCCACUUCCCAGAGCAAUGCCAUUUCUCCUGCCACAGGGGAACAGAGGAGCCUCCCUGGGCCUCCAAGGACAAUGGCUGUCUUGAGAGUCUCACAAAUGAUCAUUCUAGCAUUACUGAAAGUAAGAAAUUUCUGUCUGGGAUUGCUCAGUGUUCUUGGAGCAAAAAACAUCUUAGCAAGAAACAGAAUUAUCAGAAACACUGUGUGCAGACUCCAGUGAAAACCAAGCCAUGGCUCUUGGCUCCAGGUAUUGACGGAAUGAGUUGCAUUUCCCACCAAGAUAACAAUACUGUGCAUAAAGGAGACAAAGCCCAGAGCAACACUGACUCCGAUAAACUUAUCUUUCCUGUGUCACCUGUCACCCCGCAUCAUGUUUACACAGAAAGAAAGUCCUACAAGUGCAGCCAGGCCCAAGAAGCCUUCAUUGACAGACCCACUCCGGAACUCCAUCAGCAGGUCCUUGUAGGAAGAAAGUCCCCUGUACAUAGUACACACGAAGUCUCCAGACAUAGCUCCAUUCAAAAAAGUGUUCAUCCAGGAACAAAGCCCUACAGGUGUCACGAGUGUGGCAAGGCUUUCAGUCAGAGCUCAGCACUUCAGGCUCAUCAGAGAGUUCACACAGGGGAGAAGCCCUACAGGUGUAACAGCUGUGGGAAGGCCUUCACACAGUGGUCAGUCCUCCAUGCCCACCAGAGAAUUCACACAGGAGAGAAGCCAUAUAAGUGUGGAGACUGUGGCAAGUACUUCAGGUUUAGCUCAAACCUGCACACCCACCAGAGAGUCCACACUGGGGAGAAACCGUACAAAUGCCACGUGUGUGGGAAGUGUUUCAGAUUCAGAUUUCACAGCCAUCAGCGGGUUCACACAGGAGAGAAGCCAUAUAAAUGUGACAAGUGCGGGAAGGGUUUCAGUUCAGCCUCAAACUUCAAAGUCCACCAGCGGGUCCAUACAGGAGUGAAGCCAUUUCGCUGCAAUGUCUGUGGGAAAUGCUUCAGUCGGAGCUUAAAUCUUCACACUCACCAGAGUGUACACACGGGGGAGAAGCUCUACAAAUGUGACACGUGUGGCAAAGCCUUCAGCCAGAGAUCCAGUCUCCAAGUUCAUCGGCUAAUUCAUACAGAAGAGAAGCCAUAUAAAUGUGAAGAGUGCGGGAAGGGUUUCACUACAGCCUCAAGCUUCCAAGGACACCAGCGGAUCCAUACAGGAGAGAAACCAUUUCAUUGUGAUGUGUGUGGGAAAGACUUUAGCCGGAGCUCAUAUCUUCAGACCCACCAGAGAAUGCACACGGGGGAGAAACCCUACAAAUGUGGCACGUGUGGGAAAGCCUUCAGCCAGAGGGCCCAUCUCCAAGUCCACCAGAGAAUUCACACCGGGGAGAAGCCGUUCAAGUGUGAGGAGUGUGGGAAGGAAUUCAGCCAGCGCUCAGGGCUAAGUUCUCACCAGAUAGUCCACAAGGAAGAGAAACCCUACACGUGUUGGGAGUGUGGGAAGGGCUUCAGUCAGCCCUCACUCUUCGAAAGACACCAGAGGGUCCACACUGGGGAAAGGCCCUACAUCUGCAGCAUCUGCUGUAAGGGCUUCAGUCAGAGAUCACACCUCGUCAAACACCAGAGGGUCCACAGUGCAGCGAAGCUCUAGGUCUGUUCUACUGUCAGGUGGGCUCCAUGCUGCUGCUUGUUAAAGCCUCUCCGAAUCCAGAGGCUUCCAGAGACUUCACUGGGGAAUUAUAUUUUGGUAUUUUGGUUAUUUUUCCAUAAAGUCUUUAUCUUACUGUACUCAUUUCAUUAUGGAAAGGGAGACAGUAUUUUAGAAGGAUCUUAGAAUACAAAGUAAGGAGGGGGGGGAACCCCUAGCUGAGCUGAGGAGCUGAGCCUAAACCUUGUUCCUUCCCUGCUUCUUUCCCUUUUCUCUUCAUUGCUCCUUGUCUUCUGAUGAGAGUCCUACCAGGCAGCAGAUAUCAAGGAAGAGAUUUACUGGAGGGUCCAGGGUGUGGAGGGACAAGUCCCUGGGAGGGAGCAGACAGUAGCAGAGAAUUGGACAAAGCAGAAUGCUUAAAGAAGGGGUCUUGGGGGGUGGUGGAGCUUUCCAGGGUAAGGACUGGUGGGAUAUCAAGUCCUGAGCUUGAGGGAACUCAGGGAUUGGUGGGGUUUUAUGCUCAGGGAUUGGUGUGUUCCCGUAGGAAAUACAGGGUUCGGCAGGUUUUCCUAUUCAGGGAUUGGUGUGUUCCUGUAGGAAGUACGGGGUUCGGCAGGUUUUCCUAUUCAGGGAUUGGUGGGGUUUGUUCAGACUUUUCAUCUGAAGUUAGCAUAAUCUGGGAAGGGUCCCGUUGAAGGGCUGGAAAUGACCUUUGUGACAGUUAUAAAAGGUCUGGAAGGAGGGGUCUGGCUGCUGGAACUGCUGAGCUGGCUUGGUUAGACAUGGGAUUUCUCUUAAAAAACCAAGUGCUCCUCUCCCACAGUCUGUGGGUCUUCCUGCAGGGGCCUGGUCACUUUCCUGCCUUGAGGCUUUGCAAAGUUUACAAAGUACAGAAAGUUUACAAAGGGAAUCAGCCCCCUGCAGUGAAAGCCUUUCCUGCCGCUUGAGUGGCCGUGAAUAUUUAGUUUCCUGAGUAUAGAGUAGCCAAAUGUGAAACAACACAGUAUUAGAGCCCACGGGUGCAUCGGGAACCAGGCCCUCAGUGUCUUCAUUUGGAGAGGUGUCUGACAGAUGGAGAGUGUGGAGACGUUGAUGACUGAGGUGGGCAUGAAGGAAGCCACAGGGGUGGGACUCUGCCUCUGUGUCAAUUCGGGAAGUCCUGACACAGUCAACCGGUCUGGAAGCCACAGAGGUGGAUCAAUAUCCUGUGAAAACAGACGAGCAAAGCUUCUCCCAAAAUAAAAUAUUCAGUCCUCUUUAUUAUCCAGUUAGCAGGUCUUUUUAUUUUAUUAGAGGUUUGGAGUAAUUUGACUUGGAAAUGUUCAAAAAUGGACUUACAUUUUGUUUUGUAAAAUAUGA